AUGGUGCUUCUGACAUUGCGAGAGAUGACGUCGUGGUUCGAUGUCACUCUUUUCGAAUUGUGGAUACACUUUUUAACACUUAUCAUUUCUUCAGUACUUUUGGUAAGGCUGGAAUUGUUUUCACAGUGUUUUCCAAAUAAAUAUCUUCGAAUACAACUCAAAACAGUUAGAAUUUCUCAAAUUUUUUCAGUGUCUGAAGCUCCACGGCUGCAUCGCAUUCUCUUACAUGUUGGUGGCGAUGCCGCUGUUCCUUGGACUGAUUUUCGUCUAUUAUUUCGUCUUUAUAAUAUACCUCCGAUCGUGCGUCGAGUUCAAAGAUUAUCGGGGUCCAAGUGUCAGGUAUGCACCGCUUCUUUUUUUUUUGACUCUCAGCAAUUUCACCUUCAGAUUCGGACUGAACGUCUUUCGACUGACGUGCAUCACGUGUUUCAUCUAUUUCAUCGUCGAGAAGGUGAGCGGCGAUCUGGAGAAGUCGGAAGUGGCCAAUCGGAACACGUACGGAAUGGUCUUCUUGCCGAUGUGGCUACUUUUGGGCGUCUGGGGACUUCAGAUGUGUCGAGCCACCAAUAACUGA